AUGCCGUCGGCACUCCCAGAUCCAGUCCUGGCCUUGUCCAUGGACAAUGUGCUCAAACUCAACGACCUCAACCUCGACCAGCUCGCCAACCUCUGGAAUGUAUUCACAAAGUGCAAGGAAUCCUUGGAAUCCGGCCGCCGUCUCGAAAACCUCUCGUGGCGCCUCUGGUUCCGCGAGGCUCACAUCCUCCCGCCCGACACCUCGCUCUCGGAUCUCACCGACUUUACGCCGCUCGACACUCCUCUCAUCAGCCGUGCCAACAGCAUCGCAGGCAGCUACAGACCCACUCCUCUUCAAACUGCAGCAGCAGCGGCUUGCGCCGGUAGUGCGCUCUCCGAUCCCGAGGACGGCAAUGACUCCGACUACUCCACCGAUAGCGACGUCGAUGUUGGCCGCGAGCAAACGGUUGCUGGUCCGUCGGCACCUACUUCGACUCCCGUCAAGAGGCGUGUCAAGCCGAAUCACAGCCGACCCUCUACUCCAUCCACCUCGAGCGCAGCGACAGCCACAGCAUCGCGAUCCGCCGCCAUGUCUUCCUCCGCCCUCCAGUCGCAGCGUCUGGCAGAGACGGUUGCAGAGCGCACCACUCGCGCUCUGACCAGUGUCUCGCGCCGAACCAACAUGGCCGACAUCGAUGCAGACGCCCUCAGGCGCAAGCGUGGCAUCUCGUCCUCGUCUGCGUUCGGAAGCAAGGCGCGCGUCAAGCAGCGCAACCAGGAUGGCGCUCAGCGAAGACGUCCGCUCAGCUUCCAGGCGGCGCUCGAAAAUCUCGUGCUGACCAGCCGCGCCGACAACUUUGCCUCGCUGCGUGGCAAGCAGGGCAGCAUGCCUCAGCUCGACGUCCACAUGGGUGCCAGCACGGGCGCCCUCGAUGCGCCCCGCAGCCGCUACGACGUCGACACCGACGACGCCGCACGCAACAGCGCUCCUGCCGAGCUCAGCCCCAUCCAGAGCUCUCACAUCUCGCAAGCCGCGCUGGCUUCCCAGCUCCGAGAUGCUCUCGAGCCUUCCACCACCUCGGCGCCUGUCUCGCCCAAGUCUAACGCCGGCAAGUCGCGCGACGACGAACACUGCGACGCACCCGAGACCCGCGGUCCGCUCUCGCCCACCAAGAUGCCCGUGGCUCUGGCGCCGACGGUGGGUGCCAUCUCGAGGCGUGGAUCGCAGACGCUUCUGUCCGAUGCCGCCUCUGCCGAGAGCAAGAGCGCAGCAGCAUUGUUCGAAUCGCGGGCCAUGCCUCCACCUCAGGGUCUGCCCACGCCCACGCCUGCCGCGUCUGCCAUCAAAGCGCAGGCCGGCAGCGACGCUCACGCCACCGCCGAAGCAGCAUCCGUAGACGGCCACGCAGAGUUGCACGGCUCCACGGGCAUGACUCGAUCCGAAUCCGCCUCGAGCGCCUCGACGCAGGCUUCGCACCGAUCAGCAGCGCACGCCGCAGGAGGACGUCGCCCAAGCGACGUGCGAAUCCGAGCCAAGGCGGGCGCCGGUCUGCACGCCGGACACCGCUCCAAGUCUGCGACGGGUCUGCACCGCGGCGCCAAACACAGCAAGAGCUCGGACAAGCUCGGCGGUGCUCCGGCCCGCGCUGCGCCGCGCCACAACCUGCUCUCGGGUCUCGCCAUGACGCGCGCCGCUCCCGAGCCGGCUGCUACCCACGCCGUGGCACGCAAGCCCGUGCCCGCGGAAGCUGCCGCUGCCAAAGCUACCUCGUCGGCCGCCGCCAAGAAGGCGCCGGUCAAGUUCACCAUGGGUGGCGACGAGACCGACUCGGAGGAGUACGAAGACGAGAGCGACGACGCCGACGCCGUCCAGCCGGUCGCCGAGCCAUCGGCAUUGAGCAAGCCUGCUGCUCCCGCUCAAACGAGCAAGGAUGCCGACGAAAUCGUCGAGAUCGAGGGCGAGGGCGACGACGACGGCUGGUCCAGCGACAGCGAAGCUGAAGAGCAGGAGCGCCGCGCCCGCCAAAAGGCCGAGGCCGAGCGCCGAAGACGCGAAGAGGAGGAGCGCCACCGAAGCAUGUUCCAGAAGCAGCCGAUCCGCUCCAAGUCGGCCGCCGACGUGCGCCUGCUUGCCCCGCACCAGGUCAGCACCGGCCCUAGCCCGCCCGAUCAGCCGGUGCGCGGUCUGCUUACCUCGCUCUUCCACCCGGACGAGCAGCACUCGCCUCCCGGCCAGCUUGCGGGCCGUCCGCACGCCUCGGCGGCGGAUCUGAGGACGCGACCUGCCCCGACCUCGCGCAAGAGCGGCAGCGAGGCGGGGCGAUCUCCGCCUGCGGUGCGCCGCCGUGCGCACCGGGACAGCAGCGACAGCACGACGCAGGCACCGCGAUCGCUGCGCGAUGCUGGCUUGGCUGGUCUGACGGGACUCAAGACGAGCAAGAGCGCCGUGGCGCUGCCGCUGCUCGAUACGCACGCCACGCGGUCCUCCACGGCGGGCAAGGCGAAGAACGAGCAUGCGGCCAACGGCGGCAGCAGCCACCAGUCGGACGGCAGCGCCAGCAGCCCGGACUCGCCCGUCGCGGCGUCGUCCUUUAGCCGUCCGGGCAGCAUCGCGCUCGCUCGCCUGCACGCGCUGACCAAUAUGAAGGCGCACUCGAAGCGCGACGCAUCGUCCAACGGCGCAGCCAGCAGCGCUACACCCGCACACGAGCGCCGCCACAUGUCGGAGGCGGACGUGCAGCUGGAACGCGAGGCGUCGUCGCGCUCGCUGCGUCUCGAGGUGAGCCCGGACGACCGCGACUUUGCGAUCCCUUCGCGCUCGUCGGCGACCAACCUGGCGAGCAGCCAGAGCCGGCAGUCGGCGCCGUCGCUUGCAUCGCGCCACUCGGACCAGGUGCAGUCGCGCGCGCAGCGCGAUGCGCUCGGCUCGGGCUCGCGCUCCAACAGCGAGGGCCUGCCUUCUGGCCACGGCUCGACUCAGCAGGUGGGCAGUGCACCGGGACCGGUCUCGAUUUCGCGCCCGCGCUCGUCGCUCAACCUGCCCGAUGGAGCGGCGCCGCAGACGCCCCGCACCACGCGCAGGAACAUGCUGCGCGACGAGCUUUCCGAGUCGCUCCGACAGAACCUGCUGUGGGAGCGCCAGAGCCGCUCGCGAAUGAUGGGCAUCGGAGCCCCGAUGGCGCCGCCGAUGCAGCCAAGUGCCGCGCCGCGCCGCGACAAUGUGCUCAACGGCAAUGCGCUCCGCCCACUCACCAGCACUGGCGGUGCCGUCGCCCACCCAAGGGACGGCGAGCCCAAACCUAAACGAUAUUCCGAAGAGUGGGGCAGCUUCCACCACAAGGGCUGCGGCCCGUCCGUCUCCGUCUGCGGUCACGCCCUCGACCCCUCCGGUGCAUCGGCAGAGUUGAUACGGACUCGUGCUGCGGUGAUCAGCCCACAAAAGCUUGCAAAGGGCAAUCCCCCACCACCACCACCAGCAACGUCGGCCGUACACACCGACUCGAUGGCGUCCAGCUUGGCAUACGCGGAAGGCGCGCGAGGGUCCGGCUUGUCCGCUGCCCUGGCGCGCGCCACCUCGCCUACGACCCAACAGCAGUGGACGUGUCCAUGCCUCAACGUCCGCCUCUCGCUCGCCCCGGGUAGCACGCCUUCGGCCGCCAACGUCGACCGCCAACGCACGCCGUGGCUGGCAGAACUCGCUUCCGACCAUGCGAUCAACAUCCAGUUCCCAUCGCUCACCUCGCGCGAGACGGUGACCGUCGCAGACAACAGCAACGUCGCCUGUGCAAAGUGCCUCAACUGCGACACGAUCGUCUAUGCUGCCACCAAACCCGCCCCGCCCGGUCCAGCGCGAGCGCUUGGCUUCAACACUGCUUCGUCCAAUGCAGCUGCAGCUGCUGCGGUCAGCGACGCUGUCAAGGAGCCCAAUGCCCCCGUCAGCCCAACCUCGGCAAGGAUGUUCCGUUCUCCCUCGCGCGAAGCCGUGCCGACGCGUGCCCACCGCGCCAACUCGAGGUCCAACGAGCCCCUCGUCCGACCGCUCGAUCGCAAAGUCUGGAUUCUUCCAGACGCCCUCAGCCCUCAGCAGGCUUCGCAGGUUGCUGGCAGCGACGCAUUCUCGCCUGCGUUCAACGUCUUGGUGCCACGCAUCCCCGCAGCUUCGCGGGCGCUGCCGCUGGAAGAGCCGGCCGCCAACGGCGCCAGCGCAAGUCAUGCAGACAAUGCCCGCGAUGCAACCCCAACACGUCCUCCGCCUGGCGCCGGCGCCCGAAAGUCGAGCUACGGAGCUGGCGCGAGCAGCAUCGGGUACGCGCUUCCAGCCGUGCCACAGCAUCUCAUCUCUACGCCUCCCGCCUCGCCGCGCAUCGGUGCUCCUGCUUCGUCUGCCACCUCGCCCGGUGCAACUUCUUCGCCAGCUCCCUCCAUCAACCCAGCCAUCGCGCUUCCGGCACCACACCCACUCGCCUCGCAGCUCGACUCGGUCGCCAUCGAGAGGCUCAAGGACAUGCGCUCCAAAGCAGAGGCGGAGGUGUUUGAGCUCGUUCGUCAGAAGCGUCGCGAGAUGGAACUGCUCGAAAAGAGGUUCAGGGAAGAAGCAGAGUCGCUCCUCUCCGUCACAAAGACGCCCAGGACAACCAGGGGCACCACGACCAACGGAUCGGCAGCCCAGCUCAUUCAGAGGGCUUUGAAUGAACAGCAGCAGCAGCAGCAACAACAACAACAACAACAACAACAACAACAACAACAGCAGCAGCAGCAGCAGCAGACCUCAGCAGCAACCGUCACUUGGACAACUCGCGACAAUCUCGACAGCCGAGACCGAAUCGCCGCGAAUCCCUCCAGCACCCCGACCGGCGUCGCCAUCAGCGCCAGGUCGACAGCCUCGGCGACUCCGCGGGAGGCUCGCACCGCAACAGGCGAAUCACGCCGCGACAGCAUCCACGACGAGUACUCGGAUCUGCCGCCAUCUGCAUUCGAGAGGCGUCCCGCCUACACCACGCCAGGCCAAGUCAGCGCCUCGUUCUCCAACAGCGGUGCGCCCGGCGCCGUGGCAUCCUCUCUCGGUGGCCUCAGCGCGUCGUUCGCCAUGCGCGGUCGUGACUUGCCCGCUCAGAUGCAGGACUGGUCCGAAAAGCGACGUCUGCGCGAGCGCUAUCCACAGGGAGACCACUCGGCGCUCCCGUCGGCGGCCAACUCCAACACCACCUCUGCGGCCAACUCGAUCGCCGACUCGGAGGACGAUGCGUGGCACACUCAGCGUGGCGUGCGCCGCACGCAAGACGCCGCCAGGACGCGAGAGAGCAGCCGCAACGACAGCGACGUCGAUGCCGAGAUGGACCGCAGGGGCCGCGGACGCCAGCCCUCCCGCCAGAGGGCGGGCUCGUCGUCGCGAGAGCCACGCGAACGUCAAAGCCAGUCGGCCUCGCAGCUGUCUGCUCCGCCUGCAGAGAAGGCCGCCCCUACGCAGCUGUCGGAUUCCCGCGAGGAUGUGGGCCGUGGUCGCGCAGGACGCGGAUCAGCUCCGGCAUUCAAUCCACCUCCGCUCAUGUCUUCGUCUCUGCUUACAAAGCGGCCGGCGCUUGCGUAUGUGGACGACGGACGCGAUGCCGACGAGGACACGCCUUCGGUCGGCGGCAAGCUCAUCUCGCCCCAGUCGGUCGCCGAACCGUCGGCGCAGGUGACACUCCGACCGCGCGACCCGCCUCCCUCGACCGCCGAGCCACUCAAGCCCGCCACACGCACCGUCUCGAGCGGCGAGGCAGGCAAGCCCAGCGCCGGCGCACGUGGUUCCGACCCGCCUUCGUCGUCCACCGCAUCCACUCCCGCUGCCAGCCGUGGAUCCGACAGCCCCAGGUCGCGCAAGGCUUUCGAGAAGAAGGUCGCUUUCGCCGAGACCGAGGACCGCGUCGACCAUCUCGUGGCCUCGGACGAGUACGACGAGGACGGUGACGAUGACGAUGUUCGAGGCCCAACGCCAGGCCUCAAGUCGGCCAAUGCAGGCAAGAGACCCGAUCCACCCCUCGUUGACGAGGCUGCUGAUGCAGUGUUCGAGAUCGACGAAGAGACCGAGGAAGCCGAUGCCGAGGAGGCCGACGUUGCCGAGGGGUCGCCCGAGGCACGCGAAGAGAGCGACCGCCUCAAGGUGGAGAUGUCCCAGUCUGGCUUACGCACCGGCGCGUCUGGUCGGCCGAGGGGUCAGGCAGACGACGCGAUUCCCGGACUCGACGACGAGCCCGUCGGCGCCUCGGCGCGGCGCGGACCAGGCUCGGGGUCUCUGUCGGACGACUUUCGCAGCGCGUCUUCCGACGACGACGACGAGGUGCCUCCCGGCUUUGGCGCCGCUUCGUUCAGCGCGCUUGCCGCCAGCCACAGCGCCAUGCACACGCUUGCCUCGUCGAUGGCCAGAGCGCGCGCCGACGACGGGAGCUUCGAUCCCGCCUCGCUGCGCAUGGACGGGCGUGUGGUCGUGCCGCCGCCCUCGUCGGCCCGAGACGAAGUGGAGCCCGGCUCGUUUGUCGUCGGCUCGCUCCGCAGCUCAUCCCGCCGCAUGAGCGUGCAGCUCGCCAGCGCGGGGGCUACUCCGAGCGGCCAAGCUGGCGACGCAGCUGGCGCCGGCGCGGGUCAGUCGGUGGGCGGUACGCGCCACCAGAGGUCGUCGUCGCGCACGCGCAUCAGCAACAUGUCCAAGGAGGACGCAGACACGGAAGUGCGUCUGUCGGGACUGCUCGCGCCCAACGCGCCCUCGCACCGCUCGCUGUGGUCGCCCAAGGACGCCAAGGCCCGGCGCGCCGGCAAGCACAAGUACAAGCUCGACGAGGAGGACGACCAGAAGUGGGACCUGUGGAAGCGCAAGGUGGGCUCCACCGACGCAGGCGCCGCGGGCGAGAGCGACAAGGACUCAGCCCGCGCCGCGCCCAUGGCAGUCGCGCCACCCACGCAGUUCAUCGCCGCCGGCAGCGGCAUCGGACCGCGACCGCUGCGCGAAUCCACGAUGAUCGACCCGGACUACUCCAACUCCACCACGGCCUUCUCGGCGUUCGAUCGGCACUUGCAGGCGCGCGCGGCUGCCUCGGCUGCUGCCGACGUUGGCGCGGCGGGGGACACCGCCACCGCGGGCGGCCUCGCGAUCGGCAAGAGGACGUGGGGCUACGGCUCGUUCAAGGACGACACGAGCGGCUUCGAGACGGAGCCCAAGACGUCGCUGCCGUACAAGGAGAAGAUGAUGGUGCCCUCGCUGCGAAAGGCGCUGCGCAGGAGCAUCUUCGAGCCCGAGCCGCGCGCCAAGCUCGAGACGAUUCCGGAUGCCGAGGACAGCCCCGCGAGCGUGAGUGCCGGUAAAGCCACGACGGACGCGGCGGCUUCGUCGGUGCGUGUGAUCACCACGCCCGGGUCAGCGGCGGCUGCCAGAGACGCCAACCUCAAGGGCGCGCUGCCCGGCAGCAUGAUCACGCGCGGCUUCCACAUGCCCGGCUCGACUGGUGGCAGCGGGGCCGCUUCGGGCACCGAGACUCCCAAGGCGGUGGUGGCUGCGUCGCCCGCGCGUUCCGCGCCUCUGACGGCGGUCGGGCUCGGCAUCCCCUCGGUCGGCACGUCGGGCAAGUCGACGGUGGCCGUUGCAGCGAAGCGCGAUGCGGCAGUGGGGCCGUCGCUGCCCGGUUCUGGCACGGCGACGCCCACGAGCCUGGGUCGUCGCUCGCCGCGCCCACCGUACGUGGCACCUCCGCCACCUACAUCCGCCAAUACGGUGCUCGAGAGCGAUCCUCUGCAGAAGCCUCGUGCCAUUGAGCUGUUUAAAGCUCCCGCGGAUUCGAGUUUCCGGCUGCACGAAGAGGGCGAGGAGGCCGAGACGGACGAGGGCUGGACGAAGGUGGUGCGGUUCAUGCAUGUGGUGGAGCAGCUCAAGACGAACAAGCGGACGGGGUGGAUGCACCACCGCGUUCCGGCGCCCGAGAGUAUUGCGGACCACAUGUACCGCAUGGCGAUGCUGUCGCUGCUGUGUCCCGCCGAGCACGAUGUGGACUUGGGCAAGUGUGUUCAGCUUGCGGUCGUGCACGAUCUGGCCGAGGCGGAGGUGGGAGAUUUGACGCCGUUGGACGGUGUGGGCAAGAGCGAAAAGGCGCGGCGGGAGAAGGAGGCGAUCGAGUACUUUGUGCACGACCUGCUCGGGUCCUCGGCGGCAGGGCUGCGAAUCGAGGCGCUGUGGGAGGAGUACGAGGCGCGCGAGACCAAGGAGAGCAAGCUCGUCAAGGACCUCGACCGGUUCGAGCUUGGUCUCCAGGCGGUCGAGUACGAGCGGCGGUAUGGGAUUGAUGAUCUGCAGGCGUUUUGGGACGGCAGUCUGCCGCAUAUUGCGCAUCCGCGCAUCAGGCGGUGGGCGACCGAGCUCGCGCUCGAGCGACAGCGCAUGUGGAACGAACGCGGACGGGAGGAGUACAUCCAGCAGCUGCCCGCCGAGCAUCGCACUGCCGACGCCGCUGCGGUGUCGAAAUGA